AUGCCUGUCACACCAGGUACCUUCUUGCCCGAUCAAGAAAUUGACCAUUGUGAGGAGAUGGAAAAAGCAUGGAAAGCUGAAAAGGAAAAACAAGAAGAAAGGCUUGAGUGGAAGAUGACCGCAAGGUUGGAACGAUCUAUGAGGACUACCCUCACUGGCACAGGUCUAAGCUAUGACGAUUUGUGCAUGCAUCCCAAUUUGGAUUUACCCGAAGGCUUUAAAGUACCCCGCUUCGAAUUGUUUAACGGAACGGGCAAUCCCAAAGCACAUCUGCGGGCCGACUGUGACCAAUUGGUCGGGGUCCGGGACAAUCAAGCACUCAUCAUGAGGUUGUUCGGCCGGAGUUUGACAAGAGAAGCCUCGAAAUGGUUCACGGCGCAAUAUAUACGUCGUUGGGUCACAUGGGAAGACAUAGCUGCUGCCUUCAUGGAAAGAUUCCGCUUUUACAUGGAGACGGUUCCAGAUAGAUAUUAUUUGGAGAAAGUGAAACAGAAAUCCAUCGAGAAUUUUCGUGAAUACGCAAGCAGGUGGAGAACGGAGGCUGCCCGAGUACAACCUCCUAUGGAUGAAGAAGAACUUGUGUCGGUCUUUAUCUGUUCACAAGAAACAUACUUCUAUGAUAGAAUGCUUGAAAUGGCAGGGAGACCUUUCUCUGAAUUGGUCAAAAUGGGCGAGGCCAUAGAAGACGGUCUCAAAAUUGGCCGAAUCAUAAGCAUGACUGGAAAACCCACUAGGUCAGGCUCUACCGGGUUCGCACGUAAGAAGAAAGAAGACGUGGCUAGCAUAUCCUACACCCCUAAGCCCAAAAGAAGGGAAGAUUUCUCGAUGGAGGCAUAUGCUUCACCUCCUCCAAAUACCUACGUACCUAACCCUUAUAACACAGUGCCUAAUCAACUACCACCAAAUGCUUAUAAUGCGCCACUCCCCAAUUUUGAGAAAAAACCCCCUCGGGUAUUCACUCCACUGACGGAAUCUCAGACUGAUUUGUUCAAAAGGUUAAGUGCGGCUGGGAUGAUUCAAGUGCUCCCGCCAAAGGCCGUCGAUCCAAAGAACCGAUUUUAUCGAGCUGACCAAACACGUGCCUAUCACUCAAAUGGCAUAGGGCACAAUACUAAGAAUUGCAUUAAUCUCAAGUACAAGAUACAGGAUCUGAUUGACCGAAAAGAAAUUGUGCUCCAAACGGCCUCUCCAAAUGUGAACACCAAUCCUUUACCAAACCAUGGCAAUAACGUGAUUCACAUGAUUGAAAGAGAAGAAGAUUGGGUCAUAAGAAGGCCCACAAUCCGCGAUUAUGGCAAAAAACUAGAGGGCACGGUGGCGUCAUUAUCCUUACAAGAACCUCGCAAUUCAAGGUAUUAA